UCGACGCACGCGCGGCGCUAGUUAGUCAUACAACUAUAUUUAGGUAUAAAUCACUCUGAUUCGAAGUCACUAUAAAUUUAAGUCAAAAGUUUUUUUUGUCAAUUAUCAACAUAGAGAAAAUGGUUGUGUAAUUUGUGAUUUUUUUGAGGGAUUGUAUUAUUUUUAAGUAUUUUAGAACAAGUACAAAAUGUUCAGCACAAACUUUGAAGACUACUGUGACUUCAAUGACAGCAUUUGCAGCAAUGACUCCGGCUUCGACAGAUCCUAUGCAGACUCGUUAGCCACACCCACGUCGGUCGGUAGCACUCCUUUGAAAACCGAAGCUGAUCUCGGUAUAUCUCUUACACCUGUGAAAGACAAUGUUAGACGAAGACUCUUCAGUGAUGAAUACGAAUUCCCAUUUCAACACCAAGUUGAAGACGUCAAAGUUUUCGAUGGAAGUAUUAUUGCUGAUGCUACUUCGACGCCUGUAAAAUCUAAAGAACGUAAGCCUAAGGACCCGAAUAAGCCAAAAAGAAAAUACGCCAAUGGAAAGAACCGUGUUACAAGAUGCAAAAGUCCAACUCAAAUAAUGAGAAUAAAGAGAAACAGGAGAAUGAAAGCCAAUGACAGAGAGCGGAACAGGAUGCAUAUGUUAAAUGAAGCUCUUGAUAGAUUACGUUGUGUUUUACCCACAUUUCCUGAAGAUACAAAGUUGACAAAAAUUGAAACUCUGCGAUUUGCCCAUAACUAUAUUUUUUCUUUGAGCCAGACAUUGGAAUCAUUGGAUAAUAUGAAUACCGAACAAAUAUCUCCAGAAGGAUUUCAAAUCAAUUAUGAGAAGUUACAAAACUAUUCUGCAGCUGGGGAAAAAUUUGCCAAAGACGCUUUUAGAGACAUCUUCCAAGCCCCAAACAAAACUGAAGACAUUGGUGAUGGUAGUUACAGGAACUUCCAAGGAUUUUCAAGACCAUUUCCAAAUGGGUCAAAUUUUAUGCAGACUUCCGAAGGAGUUCUCAUUAAUGUAGGAAAUGUGACAGUGUCUGUUAACAAUACGGGUGGUAAUUGUAUAACAUCAACGACUGGAACUGGAUUUUUCACACAUCCAGCUAGUUAUGGGGAUAAUUUAACGCAACAAAAUAUUUGUCAAACAAAACCUUACGGUUCUUAUAAUUAUGAAGGAUAUGAUCCUAAUAUGAACAAUGGAGAAUAUUUCAACCAUAAAAAUUACGAAAUAUUUAAAAAUGCCUUUGAAAACGCUAAAAGUAAUAAGAAAUACAAGACUGAACAUGAUAUGUCCAACUUUGAUUAUAACGCUGCUAUAUAUAGUCGUAAUGAAAGUAAUUUUUAUAAUCAAGAAUAUGAGAAUAAUUUUUAUUAUAGCGACCAAAGAUUUUAUAGAAGUUGUUACAAUAGAAACAGUAUUGUAAAUGCUCAAAUGUAA